GAAUAGAGUUUCAUUUCGAAAAGCAAUGAAGAAGGCUAUUGAAUUAAUAGAACAAGCAGAUACAAAAGGAAUUCAAAUACAAAUUGCGGGGCGUAUCAACGGAAAAGAAAUUGCACGUGUCGAAUGGAUCAGAGAAGGUAGGGUUCCCCUACAAACGAUUCGAGCUAAAAUUGAUUAUUGCUCUUAUACAGUUCGAACUAUCUAUGGAGUAUUGGGCAUCAAAAUUUGGAUAUUUCUAGAUGAGGAAUAAUUUUACUACUUGUCUUUCCUUCUAUCCAAUGAUUGUACAAAAAAAGACCAAUUCAUUCUUUUUCUAAUCAAUCAAGGGGAACAUUUCUAAUUCUUAAUUCUAUAAGGUUGAAUAAAAAUUUGAUUGACCAUUAGAUAUA